GGGCUCUGGUGGAGAGACGCGUGCUGCUUGAAGUUGAUGGCUUUGUGCUGCUCUGUUUACCGAACGGGUGCUGGCUGUUGAGGAAGAACGACUAUGGCUUUGCACGGGUAUAGACCCUGCUAUUGGUACCACCAGAUUCGGUGGAAGCCUAUGUCUGGGGAAAGGCCCUGGAUUACGGCUAUACUCAACUACGACGGGGGAGAUGAGCUAAGACUGAGGAUCAACGUGGAGGGAGGAAAAGAGGAGGAGAUGCGGACUGAUGGAAGGCUACAGGACGCUAUCACAGAGACGAAAGAUCGUGUGGAGAGGCGCUGCAGAAGGGACGGUGUGACGGCGAAAAUGCGGGUAAAGGUCUCAUAUCAUGAGAUCGAGACUUCGAUGGACACGGCGGACUGGGAGCAGGCCUACCUGGAACGGAACUCGGGUGGGGAGAGCGAGAUGAGCGAAGCAGAGGACCGGAAGACGGACCUCAGGUCCUGGAUCAGACCAGGCGAGAUCCAGAGGCACCACCGAGCCGCGAAACCGGUGGAAGAGGGACAUGAGGCCAGCUCACGACAGUUGACGCCCAGAUGCCGCGGGGCGGGAGGAAAACAGAGCAAAGGGAAGAAACGUGUGUGAGGCGUGCGCAGGGACACACGCGUGGCAAGAGGGUCAACAGCGAGAGAGGAGAAAACUGAACACGUGUGCUGGGAUGU